GUUUUGCAGCCAAAAUGAGACCAAAUAUCACCGGAAACGGUGAAUAAACAGCUGGUUACAGAUGAAGGUCAGAGGUUUAGUUAAUGAGAUAUGGAUCAUUCCCGAACUGGAGGACAUUUGGGCUUAAUUUUUUUGAAAAAUAAACCUUCUCUUUUCCAGUUUUCUGCUCCAUAUUGAUCAAUAAUAGGUAAUAAACUAUCAAAGUCUUGAUUGGUUCAGCUUACACAUCAAUGGUAGCAUUUUUAUUCCAUGUUUUCUGUGUUGUUUGCUAACCCUACUCUAAUCACAUUAACAGGGUUGCUAAUCCAUGCUAAUGUGAUCUUUUUCUCAGCAGUAGAAGCUAGAUAUUUCGUUAGCUGUUACUGCUGACCAAGAGGACAAACUGACUGAUGGAAAACAGGAAAAAGAAUGAGUCUGAUCCUGAUAAUAUGAGGUAGAGAGAGACAUUCAAUCAAGGCUGACAAUGGGAUGAAAAGAUGGAGAAUAGAAGAGAGGACAUAGCUUUGCUCUGCCCGUUCUUUAGGAGAACUGUUUGAUGAUGUUGAUGACAAAAACACGAGAGACGGACAAAAACGACACGAAACGACAAAAACAAGACACAGAAUGACAAAAAUGAUACACAAAGCGGCAAAGCAAGACACAAAACAUCAAGAACAAGACACAAAAUGACAAAACCGAGACGCACAAUGACAAAAACGAGACAGAAACUUACAAAAACAAGACACAAAAAACAAAAAUGAGACACAUUAUGGCAAAACAAAACAACAAAAACGAGACACAAAAUGUCUAAAACGACAAAAAACAGCAAAACUGAGACACAAAAUGACAAGACACAAAAGGACAAAAAUGAGACAUGAAAUAAAAAGAUAACAGCUCAUCAUAUUCAUGCAUAAUUAGAGAAUUUCUGUUGUUUCAUUUUGUCUUUUUCCAUCUCAUUCAUGUCAUUUUAUGUCUUGUUUUUGUCAUUUACAUCUGAGGAGGUUUAUUUUUCAAACAUUUUAAAGUCCAAAUUUCCUCCAGUUCUGAAAUGACCAGACAUAGUGAACAGAGGGAGGUAGACGAAGUAUUCAGGUGGUUUUUAGUUUAAUUAGUGCAGCUGGUCGAUCAGUAGACGGAUCUCAGGUGUGUCAGGUGAAGAGGAACAGGUGGAAACAUGAGAAAAACCAGGACAAACCAAAGGAAGAAGGAGAAAAUGACAGGAAAAGGAGUCGAGGGAACCAAUGACGCGAUGACUGUCACAUCCAGAAAGUCUCUGCCAACCGAGUUUAAAGGAAAUGUGUCAUCAAAGGAUUUUAUUCUGGAAACUCGAGAGUUCAGCGGUUUCAGCAUGACAGGAUUGUGGAGUCGAUGAAAUGGUUUCCGUCUUGCUGAUCCGUCUGAGGACUACGGAGGAUGGAUUCCCUGAAUCUGUGACGUCUCCGUCCUCCUUCCUCCUGCCGACGUCCAGACCCAGAGAGCAGAUGUGGUUCAGUCGGACAGAAAAACCAGAGAAAACCCAAGGAAAGUUCGAGUUAAAGAUGCUGCUGGUUCAGGAUCUGAGGCCUUAAGAAAUGGAUUUUAACUGUGAGGAGAAGAAAAGAGUCGUCAUUUAAAGUGUCUGAAUUCAGGAGGAAAGAAGAAUCAGGAAACGCUGCCAAGGGAUCAGAAGCAACUGUGGAUGGAGGGGUCUGGAAGUCCUCGCUUCAGAAAGCUUCACUUCCCGGUGGGUUUGUGGAUCAACUCGCCCCGGAAACACUUCGCCAAACUGGGAGGUCGCUGGCCGAGUGCAAUCUCUGUCAAGUCGACCACCAGCUCGGACGCCGCCUCCCUCCACGACGCCCCCUCCGCUCCGUCCUCCUGCCUCUCUACCUCCACCCCCUCGCUGGCGUCCCCCGCCCCGUCCCCGUCUCCGUCCCCGGCCUUCCUGCGGCCGCGUCCCGCCGUCCCUCAGUCACGCACCAAGCGCCUUUCCCACCUCUUCCUGCGGGGGCGCUCCAACAGCGACCGGGACCGGGCGGUGGGCGAGCGUGAGCGGGAGGUGUGGGCCCACUCCGCCGCCCCGUCCUCCCACCACUACCUGCCUCCGGCCUCCUCUACCGCCCCGGGGCUGAUCAAGAUCUACGGAGAUGCCCUCUCCAGCGGGGCUAACUACCGCUCCCUGCUGGCCAACGCCCACUCCACGGCCCGGCAGCUCAUCGCCCAGGUCAUCACCCGCUACACCGAGAGGGAGCGCGACGAGACGGACGACACAGUUCUGCAGAAGCACAGCCCCGAGGACUUCCUGCUGUGCGACGUCAUCGGAAAGCCCGUCCAGCAGCCGGAUGGCGCCGUCAGGUGGGAGACGGAGUGCCGGAGGUGCGUCGCCGCCUGGGAAUGCCCUCUGCUGCUGGUGGACAUGUGGAGGCCCAAGGACGGCUUCGAGCGGCGCUUCGAGAUCCAGAGGAAGGACGACUACGAGAGGGAGGAGAGGGAGAGGGAAAAGGAGCGGGAGAGGGAGGGAGAGAACUACCAAGGUGUGCGUUGGAGGCGGAGCCGGAUGUCGUCGGGCGGGACGGAGGAGACGGAGCGAGGCCAUCGGGGCAGGAACACGGAGCUCAGGAGGAGCAUCAGCGACAUGAACCUCAGCCUGCGCCGUCGCCAGGGCAACCACGUCGCCAACGAUGCCCGCGGCAACCGGCCCAACAACGGCAGCACGGCGACGCACGACAGGAAGAACAUUGUCAGCAUGAUCAACCCACAGCCAGGAGAGGUCAGAGCGUCCAGAGCCGAGGCGAAGGUCGGAUGGACGAACCAGCCGGCGGAGGACGAGAAGGAUUACUCCAGCUGUGACCUGGAAGUGAUGUCACAGAGCCUGAUCCUGCCGCCCACGGACCGGCCCUACUUCCUGCUGCUGCAGGGCUACGACCAGAGCAAGGACUUUGUUUUGUACAUCAUGACGGCUCACACCCAUGUGUUCGGGAGGAAACCUACGAUGAGAGAGCGAGAGAAGGACCGAGAGAGGGAGAGGAAGGGCAAGAGGCCUCUGAAGGUGGAGACCUUCCUGUCAGCUCCAGACCUGCUGGCCAGACACCUGCUGGUCCGGAGAGACUCUGCUGUUCCCGACACACCUGUAGGACAAGCCCUGAUGCGUCCCUUCAGAGGAGGAGCUGUCACCCAUAACGGCGUGGCCUUAUACCGGGAGGCCGUCCUGAAGCCCGGUGAUGUCAUCGGCUUGGGGAACCACUUCCUGUUCCUGUACCGUGACCCCCGUGUGACCCCGGCUCCCCCUCCAACCCUGACGCUGCCCUGGCAGGCCGACGCCAGCUGCUGCCCAUCGGGGCUGGUGGACCGACAGGAGGCCCUGAGGCAGUACCUGGGCUCGACGGAGGCGGAGCUAAAGUUCCAUCCUCGCCACGCCGACGCCUUGCUGCAGGAGAUCAUCUCUAAAAACUCCUCCCCAGACUCUGGUGGAGGACCUUUAGCUCCUGCUUACCUCCUGUCAAUCAUGAUAGACCACGCCUCCAAACACCUGGACCCCGCCCUCACACCUCAGAUACUACUCAAGUCGGCCAAUCUCAUUAAAGAAAUAGUCUGGGAUAACAUUAAGGAAUUCGGGGACAAGCAUCCCACGCAAAACUCCACAGAGCAGGAGGCCGAGAUCGGAGCUCCCAACGUCCAGAAGCUCUCCUCGGAUCUGCGGCCGCUCAUGUUCUGGAUGUCCAACGCCACCGAGCUGCUCAACUUCUUCCAGGUCAAAGUGGAGACCAUGGAGAAGGAGUGGGAGUUCGAAGCUCCUGGAGACCCCGUCCUCACCGCCGACAUGGACACCUGCUCAGAGGCUCUGGCGCAGCUUGAUGAUGUCAUCAUGCACACCUUCCAGCAGUGUGUUUACCACCUGACCAAGACGCUCUACUCGCUGCUCCCGGCCCUCCUGGACUCCAACCCGUUCUCCAGCGAGGAGAAGAAGGAGAAGGAGAAGGACGGCUGUGGAGGAGCUUCAGGGGAGGAGAAGCGAGGAGGUGAAGAGGAGGUGGACGAUGUGUCGGCUCUGCCUCUGAAGGUGGCCGGUCUGGUGGAGGUCUACCGCUGCUCCCUGAUGCUCUCCAGAGAAGCCUGUCUGUCUCCACCGCUCACCUCCCAGACCUUCGGCUACCUCUUCUUCUUCACCAACACCUCCCUGCUCAACACGCUGCUGGAGAGAGACGGCCUGUUUUCUUGGUCCAGGGCGGUUCAGAUCCGGACCAACCUGGACCUGGUCCUGGACUGGCUGCAGGGAGCCGGGCUAGGAGACAUCGCCUCUGAGUUCAUGAAGAAACUCUCCAUCACCGUCAACUUCCUGUGCAUCCCAAAGACCCGGCUGAUCCAGUCGUCGUGGAGCAGCCUCCAGGAGGACCACGCCCUGCUGAGCGCCUCCCAGCUCCACCACCUGCUGACCCACUACAAGCUGGGCCCGACCAGAGCUCCUCCAGCCUCCUGGGCUCCUCCGCCCGGCACCGAGCUCAGCGGAGACAUCUUUGAGAGCUUCCUGGACCACCCUCCCCUCAUCCUGCCCAAUGAGACGCCUCGCCUCGACCUCUCCCAGCCAAUCCCGAGCCCCGAGCUGCAGAAGGAGGUCACACGGCUGCGCACCUUCCUGUGGGGGCUGGACCAGGACGAGCUGCCGGCCAAUCAGAGGACUCGGCUCUGAGAACGCCCAUAUUAGGAAACUUUUAAGUCCAUAUCGCUUCAUUUAUGCCUUUAGAUGUCUUCAGGUAGAAUAAACGCUCCUCUGGUCGGUCUCUGUGGAUUUAUUUCAGACCCGCUGGGGUUUCUCUCUGCAGGAAACUGUUUCUUGGCUUCCAUGUAUGUUUUUAAACUUCUUGUUUUUAAUAAAACUCUGAGGUGUGGUGUGAAAA